ACAUAAAGAGACAUCGCGCGCCAUGAGGCAGCUUUGGAAGGUUCAUGUAAUAAAGAGGUGUAAGAGCGGAUAUACGACUUCUUUGCUUCUACCAAAGACCACAUUUCCGCAGCGAAUCGAGCUAGAGAAGAAGACUCAGUAUGAUGCAGAGAUAGCUAAAAAAGCAGGUAUCUGUUCUUCACAGUAUCUGUGGCAGAGAGAACAUGACGGACCGCAGUUCCUUUUGCAUGAUGGACCACCUUACGCCAAUGGACAGGUUCAUCUGGGCCACGCGGUAAACAAGAUUCUUAAGGAUAUUACUUGUCGCCAAAAAGCAAUCGCUGGCUACAGGGUAGAUUAUGUACCAGGUUGGGACUGUCAUGGACUGCCAAUAGAAGCAAAAGCUGUUCCUGUAAAAAAAGGUGAGGAAAUGGAACCACAAGAGAUUCGACAAAUCGCUCGAGAGUUUGCCCUUCAAACAGUUGAAGAGCAAAUGGCCUCCUUCAAGUCAUGGGGAGUGAUGGCUGACUGGGACAACAAUAUUUACAAGACACUUGAUCCAUGCUAUAUUGCGGAGCAAUUGCGGGGUUUUAAUGAUUUAUAUGAGAAGGGUUUUGUGUUUCAGGAUCUGAAACCCGUAUACUGGUCGCCCUCUAAUCAGACUGCUCUUGCCGAGGCCGAGCUCGAAUAUAAAAACAACCAUACGAGUAUUGCAGUAUUCGUGAAGUUUCCUAUCAAAGGCUUUGACCUUCCUACGGGGUUGGAGUCACUUAGUGCACUUAUCUGGACGACUACACCAUGGACUCUACCUGCAAAUCAAGCAAUAUGUUUUUCACCUAAACUUCGCUAUGUUAUCGUGAAGACCCGCAACAGCAACGAAGGCAUGAUUGUGUCCGGAAAUAUGCUGGACACGCUGCAAGCAGCCUUAAAAUGCGAAUUGGAAACUGUGGCAGAAGUUGAUAUGAGAUGUAUUGCAAAGCUCGGGUACAGAAAUCCUCUAACAAAUAAAGCCGGCGUCUUCCUCUUUGGAGAUCAUGUAACGGCUGACAAGGGAACUGGUCUUUUGCAUUCAGCUCCUAACCACGGCCUCGAGGAUUAUGCAAAUGCUAUUGGAAAUAAUCUACGAUUGGAUCCAUGUAUCGUAGACGAGAAAGGGAACUAUAAUCACCAUUUUAGUUUACUUGAGGGAUUAAGUGUUUUGGGUAAAGGCAACGAUCAAAUCAUUAAACGACUUGAGUCGCUGGACAUGUUGUUUGACAUCGACAAUUAUGUUCACAGCUAUCCCUACGAUUGGCGAAGCAAAAGACCAGUCAUUAUAAGAAGCUCACUACAGUGGUUUAUUGAUCUUAGCUCCCUAAGAUAUAAGGCAAUUGAUGCACUCCAAAAGGAAGUAAGUGUAAUUCCGAAUUCCGCGAGGACUAUGUUUAUCAAUCAGCUUCUAAAACGACCUCAUUGGUGCAUAUCACGACAGAGAUCUUGGGGUGUUCCUAUCCCUGUGUUCUACGUAGGCGAAAAGCCAAAAACUAGUCGUAACUUUAUAGAAAAAAUUUGUAAACUAGUUCAUGAGAAAGGAAUAGAUUUCUGGUGGUCUCCUGAAGCGCAGAAUAUGCUGGAAAUUGAAGGAAGUCUUGGCAAAGAUAUAAUGGAUAUCUGGAUGGACAGUGGCCUAUCUUGGCGGACGGUACUUCAAGGGCGACAAGCCGAUCUAUACUUGGAGGGUGGGGAUCAAAUCCGGGGGUGGUUCCAGUCAUCUCUGCUGACCAGUGUUGCUCUGACAGGCCAGGCUCCCUACAAGACCAUAUUUUUGCACGGUUUUACGCUCGAUUCAAAGGGCCGUAAAAUGUCGAAGUCACUGGGCAAUGUCAUAAGUCCGAACGACAUUGUAAAUACAUACGGUGUUGACGUAUUACGAUGGUGGGUGGCAGCACACGCUUGCACGCCUGAUAACAUUUUUACUGCGAAGUGCGUACUCGAUGACUGUGCUAUUACUGUGGGAAAACUUCGAAAUACAUUCAAAUUCAUACUCGGAAAUGUGGAAAGUACUGAUUGCGCUGACAACCUCGACUACGAUCAACUACUUGGCCUAGACAGGUUGAUGUUGCAUAGGAUCCAUGAAGUGGACAACGAUUUGAAUAAAAUGUACGAGGCAAUGCGCUAUGAUGCUGUGUGUCAAGAAUUAGUGAACUUCGUAACGAACACCGUUUCAGCUGAGUAUUUUCAAGCAAUCAAGACCCGUUUGUACUGUCAUGCGGCGCAGUCACUCGCAAGAAAAUCAGCCUGUACUACCUUAAAACACCUUUUGCACUUUAUGGUUCGUCAUACAUCAGCCAUACUGCCCCAUUUGACGUCCGACGUGCUUUUGCACAUCAACAUGAAGCUGUAUAAAGAUUCGCUUCACUGCUGUGAAAAGCAGUGGCAUAAUCCAAGUUUGGCCGAGGCAGGCGAAUUACUGAGUAAGUGCCGUCAGGUCUUUAACAAACAAGCCGGGCAGAAACCGAAAGUGCAAACGGUGACAUUCUAUCUCAAAAAUCAUAGCCUGCUUGAAAUGUUCGCAGAGUUUCAAAGAGAGUCAUUGUCAAAAAAUUCAUGUUUAACUGAUUUUCUUCAGUGCUCUAAAACGAUCCUGGUGGUAGCCAAUCCAGAUGAAACCUGUUUAGAAGUCACUCCUACUGUGUUCAUUAAGGUAACCGAUUGCAACGACCAGGCCUGUCCUCGUUGCCGACGGAUGGUUAGCGAAACACCAAAUACACUAUGUUCGAUUUGUGAUAAGGUUCUGGCGAACGAAAUUCGAAACGCCAGAAGGGCUUGAAAUCAGUUUUCGGUAAGAUCUUUACGAGACAGACAUUCGAUGGAAAUCAGUAUAUAACAGUGGUUCCUUGUAGUUGUGCAUUUAUGAAUGCUGGGUAAAGAUCUAAAUGAAAAAAAAAAACUUUGCACACCCAUGAGCUAUGGCCGUAUGCACAGGAAAACACUAGCAAAGUGACCGCAUUUAGCAGCAGGUAAUCCAAAAAUACUAGUAUUUAAACUAGACUACGUCAUAUAGUGUGUAUCUUGUUUUGGUGAGGAUUUUAAGUAUAAUGCAAAAAGUUUGCCCUUUACCGGUUUAGUAAAAUUCAAUCAAUGUGUUUCAGCUCGGUCUAUAUUAUUUGUUUGUAGCGCUGUCCAUUAAUUGAUCCUAUAGUAGCCUAAGAACAUUCAUAAUAAUAAUAAUGACAAUAGUUAAUUCACUGGUCGUUUACUUUUCAUAAUCAAUACUGUGCUGUUGUAUACGUGCUGUGAAAUGGGAUUGCAUUAUAAUAAGUCUGUUGUCAGUGACCAAAAAUCGAUUGUUAACUGUUAAAACUGUUAAAAAAAUUAUAUUGGUGGAUCCGGGUCGAGUCGCAUUGAUAAAGCUGGGGACACUGCGGCCCUACCAAGAACCCUCUGCGAACAGCGCCGUGUAUAUAUAGUAACGUGCAUAUGUAGUACAAUUUGACGCAAGUUAUUUUAAUAAAUUAUCAUACUUUAAACAUGUUUUGUCUUUAAGUUGAAAACUGCUGUCCAUCCAGUAUUUGGCACAUUAUUAAAAAUGAAUAACCUUCAAUUAUUAAGCCUAUAAUGUGUAGCAGUUCACCUUGGGUAUAAAUUAUUGAUAGUAGCAACAUGUACAUGUUUCUUCCAUGUAAAAUCUGGGGCAUAAGUAUUGGAGUGCCAAGACACUUUUAUUAAAAACCAUUUUGGUCAUCCUUUACAAUCGUAGCUACAUAAUGAAAACGACACCUAAAACCUAGACAAAUAAUAGAUUUUUCGGUUUGAAUUCGUUAGUUACCUUUUGUUUAAACGAAUAUUUAAAAGCUAACAUACAAAAUGGCAUAAUUCUACAUUAUCAUUAUUACUACUUUAAAGAGAAAUUCUGAUCUCUUCCGCUGCAGUCGUUGUCCGCAGCGCACUUAUGUACUUUUGCCGCGUUCCAGAUCAGAAGUCGCUGUUUGAUGUUUAGUUUUUCGUUGAAACGAAAUCGCGCUACUUUUCUAUCUGCAGUGUGCUAAUCCUUUAGAUACUAUCAGCUCGCAAUGUAAACGAGGUACCUUUGGCAUUCUAUAAAAUGUAGUAAAUAAAAGUGAAUUUUUU